GCUGGUAGCCGAUAUAAAAUGUGGAAGUGGAGGCGGCUGAUGCGGUUGUCCAACCGCUCCUUAAUGGCCUUCAUCUUUUUCUUCUCCAUGUCCACGACCUGCCUCUACUUCAUCUAUGUGGCUCCCGGGAUAGUCAACACAUAUUUCUUCAUGGUACAGGCUCAGGGUAUCAUGUUGCGAGACAAUGUGCGGACCAUUGGUCACAUGAUCAGGCUAUACACCAAUAAGAACAGUACUCUCAACGGCACAGAUUAUCCAGAUGGAAAUAACUCUAGCGAGUAUAUCGCUCAGCCAACCACAUACCUCCCUGAGAACUUCACAUAUGCUCAGAACCUGCCCUGUCCCGAACGGUUACCUUCUAUGAAGGGUCAGAUGGAAGUGAACAUGACAGAGGUUCCUAUGGAGGAAACUGAACUGAAGCUCAAACGUCUGGAUAUUCAAUUUGGAGGCCACUGGAAGCCCAAAGAUUGCAAACCACGCUGGAAGGUGGCCAUUUUAAUCCCCUUUAGAAAUCGCCAUGAGCAUCUUCCCAUUCUCUUUCAGCACCUCGCCCCUAUGCUCCAACGCCAACGCUUGCAGUUUGCCUUUUAUGUCAUUGAACAGACGGGUAGUCAGCCGUUUAACCGUGCCAUGCUGUUUAACGUGGGCUUCAAAGAGGCCAUGAAAGACCUGGACUGGGACUGUGUGGUGUUUCACGACGUCGAUCACAUCCCAGAAAACGACCGUAAUUAUUACGGCUGUGGUCAGAUGCCUCGACACUUCGCUGCCAAGCUUGACAAGUACAUGUACAUUCUUCCCUACAAUGAGUUUUUCGGUGGAGUAAGUGGACUUACUGUCGAACAGUUCCUCAAGAUCAAUGGCUUUCCCAAUGCAUUCUGGGGCUGGGGUGGAGAGGACGAUGACCUCUGGAACAGGGUUCAUUACGCAGGUUUCAACGUGACCAGGCCAGAAGGUGAUAUUGGGAAAUACAAAUCUAUCCCCCAUCACCACAGAGGAGAGGUGCAGUUUCUGGGGAGGUACAAGUUGCUGAGGUACUCUAAAGAACGACAGCAUCUGGACGGCUUGAAUAAUCUGCAGUACUCUCCAGAGAUCUCUCUGAGCAGCCUGUAUAAGAACAUAACGGUCAAUCUGAAUCCCGAGCUGGCCCCCAUAGCAGAGUACUGACAGGCUGUGACCCCCCGAGUCAAAAAAUGUGAUGUAUCGAUGCCAAAUGCCCUUAAAAAACAGGAGCGAGGAGGGCAGAGGCCUGUCUAAUGCACAGUUUAGUUGCGUGACGUGAGUGUGCGUGAAUGUGUGCGAUUACUGGAUCAUAUCUGUGAAAGUGUAUUUGCGUGACUGCGUGCGUUUAAUUGCAUGUUCCUAUGUCCAUGCUGGCUUUAGCGAAUCAGAUCACAACACAUUUCAAAACAAGGUGGGGAGUGCCAGCGUCAACAAAUCAGAUGUUUACUGCGAAGCCUUAAUUGAAUUUUAUAGGCUAACUCUGUAGAUCCAGUCAUCUGUGCUUACAUUGUAGAAAGCUUGGUUUUACAUUGCAACAGCACUCUUGGCGCCAAUAGAGUUUUUUUUGUCAUGUUCUGUUAGUAUAAUUUUUUUAUACAUAUCUAUGGUUUUUUUAAAAGAGAAAACUGUUUAGAAGACGUCAAUGCAGUUUAAGUGGAUGUAUUUUAAACCUGUCCUUCACUUCAGAUCGCUUUGUUCUUGUAUUACGAUAUACAUUUCACCUUGGUGGUGUAAUGUUUUUUUUUUUUUUGUUUUGUUUUUUUCCCUCCCUUUCCCACUCGAUAUCCCAUGGCUAUACAGAAGGCUGUGACAAGUUGCUUGCAUGACCCAGACUUCCCUGUAAAUAUCUGGCCUUUUAAACGAUGCUUUAGCUUUGUCCCCCAAAAGACGCCUGUGAUUCCAGUGGAAACACUCUUCUUUUUGGCAGCUAUUUGUUGAUUUUGAUUUGUUAAUUUUAUUAAUGAUUUUUUUUUUUUCUUCAAUGGUUUGGGACACAUGACUUACAGUGGACAAAAAAAUAUCAGCGAUGACCAUAGAAUGCAAGAAACUGAAUCAGAAAUUACAUACAGAUAUUAUUUGCUGCAUGCCUUAAUUUAUUUUUUGUUACGUGAUUUAUUUUGUCUUAAACUUUUACUUUUAGUCACAUUGAAUGUUUUUUUUUUUUUUUUUUUUUUUUUUUGUCUUCGCUUUUGUUAAUGGCAUAAUCAUUCUCAUGUCUCGUUUUUGAAGUGCACUCCACAGUAGUGAAAGAAGAUUGAAACGAUAGCGAGGUGUUUGCGUGGCAGGUCGUUCGCAGGAAGACCUGGUGGUCAGUCGGGUUUGCAGCUGCUAAAGCCAAGACGGCCUUCACGGGGCUUGGCGCGUGUCUCAACCUGUGUGUUUUUGUCUGUUUGUGUGUGUGUGUGUGUGUGUGUGUGUGUGUGUGUGUGUGUGUGCUCUCGGUGUGAAGUACUGGGUGACGUUGCGCUCCGGUAGGGCCGAGAUGAGAGAGCGACGUCGCCGUUGCUCUUGAAAGGCAUUCGGAGUACACUUGGGCCAUGACGACUUUAUGCUGUUAAAGUUUCGAGCAUUACAAGCUGUUGGAAAACUUUUUGUUGGUACAUGUUUGCCUUUUGUAUAUAAUUUUAAUUUGUUGGUGUUGUCGAUAUAACAUGUUGCAUUAAUUUUUUUUGUGUAUAUUUUAAGUUAUCAUAUAAAUGUCCUAAAACUGCUGUUUCAUAUCAGCUCGUGCUUUCUUUGUGUGGCUAUGUGUUCGUCCACUCAGAGAACUGCAGAGGGCGAGAUUUUGUCAGUGGCUUAGUUUGCGGCUAGGGCUUGGCUAUAUAUAUAUAUUUUGAUACAUUCGUGCGCAUUUUGUCAGUAAAGUCGGUUCUUUGAUUAGCCGUAAAUCUCCAUCGCCUUUUUUUAAAUAGUGCUACAGUUAAUGCACUGAGCCGUAGAUCACUGACAAGCUACGCAGUAUUGCGUUCAGUUCAACGGGUGAUGGAUUUGCGACACCGAACAUGACGUCGCGUAGCAUGUCCGUUAUCUACGGCUCUGUGUAUUAACUGCAGCUCCAUUUGAAAACAGGUGGAGAUUUACCGCUAAUCAAAGAAGCAGCUUUGCUGACGAGAUGCGCAUGAAUAUAUCGAAAAAUAUAUACCCCAACCUUACUUGCGACACUAAAUGGACUUUCUGAAGUUGGGCCACUCUCACACCUCACUUUAUCGCGCCAGCUUUCGAGGCUUUUCAUCUGCGUGUCUCUGAGGUGUAGACGAGCCAUGGCUUCUCUUUGGUCGUCCGAUUGCAUUGUUUCCUUUUUUUUUUGAGUGGAUGUCUUUUUUUAGUACACUCUCCUCCCGUUUUAUGGUGUCCCCGACGUGAUCUCCAACGCCUAGUCUGUUGUUUACAGUCUCUUCUUAAACCAUCAGAUUUACAAUUAGGUCUAAUCAGACCCGUUUACUGAGGUUAUGGUUUACAAAUAAACCAUUUGACCAACUUGAAGAAUACUGUCGUAUAAUAUACUGGAUACUAUAUGGAGGUUACUGGUGCCAAAGUCCACUUUUCCUUUUCCUUGUCCCGUUCGCUCUCUUCAUCUUUCAGCAUUGGAUAGUGAAAUGUAGCUCUAGGACAACAGCUCAAUCGAACCCUUCGAUCCAGUCACUUUGAGUGUUUUUUGACAUGCGUGAGUUUGUGUAUGUGUGGUGUCACGUUCAUGUGCAGUCCAGCGUGAGAGGAUUGCCGUAGGCUGUAGAAUGACGUUAAACACGGCUGAAAACCCUUUCUCCUCGCUUUCCACCGCACAGGGCCAACAAAUUUGCAUAAGCAAAGUCGGAGUCAAAUGUGCUGUUUGUUUGCGCCCUGUGUUCGCGUCGAAGCAGCCGGCGAGAUAUAACCACUUAAUAGGUGUUGUUUAGUGUAAAAAAAAUAAGCUUUGUAGAUUGGGUUUUGGCCCUGGAAGAGGGAAGUGUGGCUUAUGAGCACUAGUUUCCAGAAUGCUCAAAUAAACGAGUAUCAUUCCACCUUCACAGUGCACUGUUUUUGUUUUUUCUUUGUUUUGCAGGCACUUUAACAGAGUAAUGAUUAGUCUUACGCUGCAAUACAACGUCGGAUAGGCCUGUUUCUAUUUAAUCAUUAGCUUUUGCACCACAGUGAAAUGGUUUUAUUUGGAAACGCGGAUUGGAACUGAACAUUACACGUUAUUCUUAAAGUAAGGUGGGUUGCAAUACUGAAUGUUAAGUUUAUUUUCAUUUUCUUUUGUGGUAGUUUAAUGCCCAGGUCCCAUGAUAUUGAAGAGUGUGUGUGUGCGUGCGUGCGUGCGUGCGUGCGUGCGUGCGUGCGUGCGUGCGUGCGUGCGUGCGUGCGUGCGUGCGUGCGUGCGUGCGUGCGUGCGUGCGUGCGCGUGCGUGUGUGUGUGUAUGUAUAUAUUUUUUUUGUUUUAUAAAAUGUAAAACUUACCGGUGAGACUGCUCUGGUGUGUUCGGAUCUGGUGGUUAGUCAGUUGUAGCCUUUGAGGAAGCUUUGUUCAGUGCUGUCUGCUGAUUUAGAUUUAUCUCAUUUUCACCCCAAACCCCUCUCUCAUAGCUGCCCCAUCCUGUUCAGCUGUCUGAAAAAUAUCCAGAAGAAAUAAUAGAUAGAGAAUUUUAAAAGAUGAUUUAUUCACCAUUACAGAUCUGUAAUGUGUAGAGUGUUACAUUUUUGCAGUAUUCAUAUUUGUGCCUUGAUUUUUUUAUUAUUCUUUUUUUUUUUUUUCGCAUUGUUUGUUGAGAUGUGCAGUGGGGUGUGUGUGGAUGGUGUUUGAAAAUAAAACUGGGUGCACAUUUACAUUUUUUUUUUCUCUAAAGUUUUUAUUUGGAUCUGGAGCUGUGUCUUUAGGACUGCAAUGUCUGCUGGUCAUUGAAUGGGAACUGAAAACCAUGAGGAUCUUCUCCUGUGUUUGCCUUUCUCCAAUGUUGCGGGUCCACUUUAACUGUAACAUCAGUAUGAGAAGCAAAUUGUCUUGAGAUGCCAGCUGCUUUGACUUGUACAAUCCUGGUUCCAGAUUUUUUUUUUUUUUCUUUUUGUUGUUGUACCGGUCUAUUCACUGCGUUUCGCUCUGUAAUGAUCAUUAAAAGACUUUAUAGUUGAAAACUUA